CCUCCAAAGAAUGUGUUUAUAAAUAUAAAAUUAAAUUUUUUCAAAAAUGUUUUAUCAAUGAAAAUUAUAAUUUUAAAACAGUUUACAGGAAUAAAAAUUUAAAAAGAUUAUUCAUUUCAAUAAUUGAAAUCGAAAUAAUGGUACUAUUGUAUAGGAAUGCUGCAAAUUUUAUCAGGAUGGGCCAUUCAGUUGGAUUUUCUCUAUUUGAAAAGAGCAAAUUUUAUGGAAAGAAAUACUAUUGUCAACAAGUAUCCAAGGAACAAAACACAUUUAUACCUUUCCUGGAUAUGAUAGAAUCGAGAAGAGAGCAAGCAGCCAGAAGUAUUCUAGUCCAAGUACAAUCUGAACAGUCAUAUAAACAACUCUUCACUUAUUGUGAGUCGAUAGGAAAAGUCAAAAAUAUGUUUCAUUAUUCCGAAGGACCUGAACCUCUGCAUUUUAUAAUUGUGGAAUUUGCCUCGGAUGUAGACAUUAAAAAUGUUUUUGCUGCCAGUACACAUAUUCAAGAAAACCAAUCCAUACCUGCCACAUCACACUUUUUAUGGUUUAGAGCUGCUAGUAAAAAAUUGGGAAGAUUAAAGCAGGAUAAGAAUGCUAGACUAUCUGCCGAGCAUGCCACCCAACUUAUCAGCGAAACGGAUUUAUGUAGAGAAUUAGCUCAAUGUGAAACAGUAUCAAAUCAAAUUGAUAAAUUAUAUGACUUAACGAGACUAAAUGAAGUUGGUCAAAGAUUAAGAUUUCUGACAGCAAAGCAAGUAGAAAGCACAGUAUCUGGCCUUUUUCCAAAUAUAUGUGCUUAUCCGUUUGGGUCUUCUGUAAAUGGUUUUGGGAAAAUGAGCUGUGACUUAGAUCUUGUAGUUAGGCUUACACAAGACAAGGAGAACGAUAAUAGUCGGCUCAUUUAUCAUUGUAAAGCAGCUUCAGGAACAGAAAGAUCCACUGCUCAAAGAAAUAUGGAAACUAUAGGCGACCUGAUACAUUUAUUUUUACCAGGAUGUUCACAAGUUAGAAGAAUAUUACAAGCAAGAGUGCCUAUUAUUAAAUAUCACCAACAGUUUACUAAUGUUGAAUGUGAUUUGUCUAUGUCUAAUAUGAGCGGAGUUUAUAUGUCUGAUUUUUUAUAUUUAAUGGGCGAAAUCGAUCCAAGAGUUAGACCAUUACUUUUCACCAUUAGAAAAUGGGCUAAAGAAGUUUUUUUGACAAAUCACUCCCCUGGAAAAUGGAUAACAAAUUUUUCUUUAACGUUAUUAGCCUUAGCGUUUUUACAAAAACCUUUGCGAUCGCCUGCGGUGUUGCCAACAUUGAAUCAACUUGUUAAAUCAGCAGGUCCUUAUGAUAAUUAUGUAACUGAAGAUGGUAUAAAUGGUACAUUUUUACGCGAUAUAAAAAAACUACAUUUUGAAAGACAAAAUACUAGUUCCCUUCAUUCUUUGCUCUUUGAAUUUUUUGAGUAUUAUGCACAGUUUGACUUUAUGAAUAAGGCUAUAUGUCUCAAUGAGGCAGUUGCGAUAGCAAAGCCCGAAUACAGUCCUUUAUACAUUGUAAAUCCCUUAGAAAAGGGUUUAAAUGUAAGCAAAAAUGUUAGUAUGGAAGAAUUAGAGCGAUUUAAAAUAGAAAUCAGAAAUGCUGCUUGGAUAUUAGAAUCGCAAGAAAGCAACGUAGGUGACAAAGGUUUAUUAUCCAUUUUUGAAACUAAGAACAAUCUCAAGCAGAAAUUAAAUCUUAGUUUUUCACCAAAACAUAACAGGCUGCUGGAAGUUAAUGCUCUAUUUGACGAAGAUGAAGAAAAAAAAAUUGAAUUUAAAAAUGUAGCAGUAGAAAAAGAAGUAGCAAAAAUUAAAAAGGAAACUAAAGAAAAUAUAAAAUCAAUAGAUAAAAGACAGACAAGGCAAAAAUUGGAACGGUAACAAAAAUUGGGACUUAGGUUUAUUAAAUUUAUAUUUUGUGAUUUAAGUUUGAAAUUUACAAAAUUUUGUUGAAUAAAACUGAUUUUUUUGUUGUUCUUUUUUAAUAAAAAACGAAACUUUAUUUAAAAUCAUUUUAUUCUUUGGCAGGUAAGACUUAAAUCUAACAGUCUUAAUUCAUCUUAUUUAGUUUGUUCACGAAUUGUUCUACCUGAGAAUGCACUCUUAAGAAAAUUAAAAAACCCAAUAAUACUGAAGCUGAUGUUACAAAAAGUCCUAUAGCCUCAAAAAUAAAUUUUGGUGCAAAGACGUUCCAUACCAUCAAGUGACGACAAUGAAUCGUGGCUGCUAACAUAAUAGCAAAUAC